GUAGGAUCACGUUUUAUACAAGCAAGAGAGGUAUUCUUUUUUCUCAAUUAUAUUGAAAAAUUUGUAUGUAGCUCUAAGUUUUCUCAAUAUUUUUAUCUAACUGUAACAGGAUGUAUUUGUUGGUGGAACUGACACCACAUCAGCUGUUCUAGAAUGGACAAUGACAGAGCUCUUAAGACAUCCUAAAAUAAUGACAGAGCUGCAAAACGAGGUGAGGAGUAUUCUCAAUGGCAAACCGAACAUAAAUGAUAAUGACCUGGAGAAAAUGCAUUUUCUAAAAGCUGUAAUCAAGGAGAGUCUUCGCUAUCAUUCUCCGGUCCCAUUUUUGGCACGAAUAGCAAGCCAAGACGUUCAAAUUAUGGGAUACAAUAUAGCAGCUGGGACAAUGAUCUUAAUCAACAGUUGGGCAAUCAGUAGAGACCCUGAAUCAUGGGAGGAACCCGAAAAGUUUCAGCCUGAGAGAUUCUUGAAUUCCUCUAUAGACUUCAGAGGAACAGAUUUCCAACUGAUUCCAUUCGGUGCAGGCAGAAGAGGGUGCCCUGGAAUCAGUUUCGCAAUGGCAACUAUUGAAUUUACACUGGCAAAUCUUGUCCAAAAAUUUGACUGGAAAUUGCCCAAUGGAGAAAAAGGAGAGGAUUUGGACAUGACUGAAUAUCCUGGCGUUACAGUUCGUAGGAAAAAACCACUUCUUGCUGUUGCCACUGAAUAUUGCUUCAAAUGCAGAUAAAUUAUACAAUUUGAUACAACAUUGUUUCACUUUUAAGAUUGUAAAGAUUCCUGAUUUGCCUUUCCUUUGUCUUGAAAAUAAGUUGCUAGAGAGGUGCUGACUCAAAACAAAAGAUAUAAGGUUCUUUUAAUGGGACUAUCAGGUGUUGUUCUCUCCUGUAUUUUCCUUAAUUAAUCAUUGUUUUGUUAAAAUUCAAUCAAAUAGAUGCGAUUGAAUAUCUUCACCGACUGAAAAAAUCUAGAGAUUUACGGGUUUGCUGAAUCAGUCUCUCUUUCCCUG